AUGACUGACGAGGGAUUUGCGAAGCCAUGGCUGGAGUUCGAAAAGGAAUUCGGCGAGCGUAUGCUCUUGGAGCCGCCACUCGCAAACAUGAAGCAGCAAUUUGUGGGGUACGGCGGCUUAAUGGCAUCGAAAUACACUUUUCCUGCGCCUGAUGCCUCGGUCAAAACAGAAGAUACCGCAACUGAUAAAGGGACAAAAGUCCGCAUAUAUACGCCUGAUGGCUACAUAGGAGGCCGGCCGGUUUGCAUGUAUUAUCACGGCGGAGGCUGGGCCAUGGGCGACAUCAACGGUGAAGAUGGGUUUAGCAGAGCCGUUACAAAGGCCGGUGGCAUUGUCGUUGUGUCUGUGGAGUACGGGCUUGCGCCUGAAAAUGCGCAUCCAGGGUUGAUGGAUGAAUGUUUCUACGCUUUGCAAUGGGCCUUGCAGCACUCGCAGCGACUGAACACCGCGCAAAGCAAGUUUCUCACUGCUGGAGUUUCGGCUGGGGGGCAGAUUGCGUUUGGAACGGCGCUGAGGGCUGUGGACGAGGGACUCGGAGAUCAACUUGUUGGUGUACUGGGUAUAAUACCUGCUACUGUGCAUCCAGAUGGGGUACCGGCCGAAUUGAAGGCGAGGUAUACGGCCAUGGAGAGAUACGACCGGCUCACUCUCAAUACGGCACGGGCAAUGAGAGAGUUUUGGGACGCCUUUGGAGCACCGCCAACUGAUCCGUAUGCUUCACCUCUUUUACAUCCGCGAAUCAAGGAUCUCAAGCGCGUGUAUAUGGCUGUUGCUGGACUUGAUACAUUGAGAGUUGAUGGUGUGUUGAUGAAGGAGAAGCUGGAUCAGGCAGGUGUACCCAAUCAAUUCGACAUGUAUGAAGGCUAUCCGCACUUCUUCAUGGCUUGGCCAUCGACAAAGCUGGAUGAGCCGAAGCAGCAGUUCUUCAGCAAAAUGGCAGAAGGAGUGAAAUUCUUGCUAGCCUAG